AUGACGCGCAUUCAACCACACGAGUACAGCCGUUCUUCGUAUCACACUCCUUUACAAAAUUUAUUUGGAACAAUACCAUCAGGCCUGCGCUCAGGGUUCAGCCCAGCUUCCCAGUCCGUGUCCGUGGUAGUGAGGAAUCCACCUACGGCGACUGAUAGCACGUCACAGAGCAGCGAAGAGAUACCUGGAGGGGCAAACCUAACCGGAAGUGAUUCACGCGAAGGAGAUAUCCUCGAAAGCGAUCUAUACUAUGCGCCGAUGCCGAUGGGCAUAGCUCGAACUAGCAAAGGAGAUGGAUCAAGGCUAAUGUCGGGAUCAACCACCAACAGAGGCACGAAGCGCAGUCACAAUGGCGACGAUGACCUCGAUGGCGACACUUCACGCCAGCAUAGACGUCUCACAACCAAAGAAGAAGUAUCGCUCUUCGAGAUCUGCAACCAAAACGCAGAUAGCUUCGGCAGCCGCAGUAAUUUAUGCAAGUGGUGGAUAUUCAUCGCUGACGAGUUCAAGCGCACCCAUGAAGGCCGCUCAUACUCAUGGCACUCGGUGCGGCGUAAAGUCGAACUGGUUACGAGACAGCGCAUCAAGUUCCUCGAGGACCAGCGACAGCGGGGCUCAAACGCACCUGGCUCAACGGCCGAGGAAUUGAUGAACCCACAAUGGCUCGCCGCCGUCGAUGCCUGGCUUCCGACCUGGCAGCGAUGGGAAGAAGCGGAGAACCGACGUAUUGCAAAGCGGGAUGAGCUCAAGAAGCGUAAGCAGCCGCAUACCUGGCGCCAGAAUUCCAAAGACGGAGAUCAGGAUCUAUGGCAGAACUUGCCUGGGUCGUCUGCCACUAGCCCGACUGAUGUUAACGCCUCAAUGAUGGGUAUGAUACACCACACUAUCACGAACACUGUCGGUGAUACUACUCUCCUGGCUACUAGCCCUUCACCCUCGCCCUCAAUUACUGGCCGUGCACCACCCACACAUUUCCCCGAACAACCAUCCACCCCUGUCUCUGCGACCAACUCACUGAAACUGCCACCGGGAUUCGAGAAUAUGUUCUCAACUCCGCAACUCACAUCACAAGUCGCACCCCUUCCCUCCAUACCUACGCCACCAGUCCCACAACCCGACGGCCGUAUGGUCUCGGCGGUCCUCGAAACCCUAGGAAAACUCAACAAACACCUAGAUGCCGCAUCGGGGAGUGGCAUAGACCCAAGUACCGCAUCGCCCGUGAUCUCGGCUUUGGUGCAAGCUGCCUCGGAAUCACAGGUUCUGGUUUCUCCCCGGAAAACACAGCACCCGCAAGUACAGCCUGCGUUGCAGCAACAGCCACCGCAAGGUCUCACUCAUAUUCAAAUUGAGCAAAUGAAGGAAGAGCUACGGCAGGAGAUGCAAGCCCAGUUUCGAGGUGAGCUGGAGCGUGAACGUGUUGCGAUGGAAGAAAAGCUGGAUGCUGUGCAGCGGACUCAGGACCUGAUCCUUGAGAUGUUGAGACAGGAGCCUGCUUGA